AUGAGAUAAAAGGAUAGACAAAAGAGCAAAGGAAAAUACUUAAGCAUAUCGAAAGAACUAGUGUAAAUAGUGGAUGUACAUGGCGGACCCAAUUGUAAAAAUUGGGGAUAGGUGGCUCGGCAUUUAGAAGCUCAAGUGGGUAUAAAGAUUGAGAAGGCAUACAGAUUGAAAAGAGCGUAGAAACUAUGAUAUAUAUAUACUUAGAUGGGAAUCUUUUGUUGAUUACAAUGAGAACAUGUCGAAGGAACAACUAGCCACAUUAUUUGAAACAGCAAUAAAGACAAGAGGGAACAUGGAAUACGCCAAACAUGAAUUUAAGAGAUUGACAGGGAUCUAAUUAUAUUCGACUCGAUAUGCCGAUUAUGUGAAAACAUGGUUGAAACCAGGAUUAUUGGGAUUUAAGGAUUGCUAUAUAUUUUCAGUUGUAAAGUCUUUGAGGAGAUCUGAUUUCUAUUAAAAACAUACAAUGAUACAACCAAUAACGGUAUUAUCGAUGUUGAGAAUAUUGGAUCACGACAUUGAAGAAUACAAGGAUGAUUUUUUUGUAAUGGAUUUCAGGGAUAGUGCUGAGAGACUGCAAGAAUUGUUAAAAUGUUAUGCUAGUUGUUUUUCUGAAUCGAGGGAGGAGAGAUACAGUAAGUUCUCGAGAAUAACUACGAGACAUCAAUUCAAAAAGAUCUACUUUUACUUAUAAUUGAUGGAAGAGUUUAGGCGAAUCAAUAGAUUUUUCACUAGCAAUGUGAAUCAAUUAACCUUUCAUCCCAUGCUAUUUAAAACCAUCGAUUAAAAUAAGCAAUGUCCAAUUUAUAAGUUGACACUCUUAGAAAAUGAUUAUUCGAGAAAGCUGCAAUUAUUUAAUGAGUCAAAUAAUAAUGAGAAUGAGUAGUUUUCAGUUCUUUUGAAGCCAAAGAAAAAGAGGACCUCUCAGAAAUCAGGAAAUGAUGAAGAAAAGAAUAAAUAGAAGGAGUAACAAAAUCCUUAUGUUUACUAAUUGGAGGAGGAAGAUUUGGUUAAAUAAAUCAAGGUGCCUAAGAAAGUGAGUGAAACUAAAAAGAAAUAUAAAGAUUAUCGAUAUUUUAGAGGACAUUUUAUUAGAGACGGGCAAUAUUAAUGUAAAGGAUUAACAACGAAAGAUUUUGAAUAUGAUGUUCCACUUGAGUAAUGA